AAUAACUGAAAGUCGAACAAAAUCACGAGAUUCAAAAAAAUCACGAGUAACCUCAAGCAAAAGAAAAUCGUGUGCUUAUAUCCGUAAAAUAGUCUAAACUGUUCUUCAUAAUGCAAACAUAACUUCAAAAAACAUGCGAGCGAGUGUCGACUUUAGUAUAAUUCGGCAAAAGUAACAGAAACGUCAAGACAUAACCUCAAAAACCAAACAUUGUUAGCGCAGAAGCCAAACAGCUACAAAACAAAAACAUAACCUUCGAAAUUUCAUAGAAUGUCAACUUGAAUGUCAAGUGUCAUCGAAAUCGUUACAAAAAAUAGAACAAAAAAAAUGAGAAAUAUGAUAAUCCGUAAACAAAUAUGGCCGAAAACGUUAAGUGAUUUUGUGUCAAUGACAUUUGUUUUAAUAAUCGUUCCGCUCUUGUAUUGGUUCGAGUUAUGGGUAGUUUUGCCAGAACUUUUCGAGCCUGGCACAUUGCCUUAUGUGGUUCAUUUCGUAUUUGGUAAUUUCGUUAUGGUAAAUAUCGUCGGAAAUUUCACUUAUACAGUCUUGUGCGACACAAGCACAAGAUACAUAGUUGUGCCAACGCAGAGAGCGAAAAUUGAGGAUGGUUGGAGAUAUUGCAGUGUCUGCGAGUCUGUAGCACCGCCUCGGUCGUGGCACUGCCCUAAUUGCAACAUUUGCAUUCUGAAGCGUGAUCAUCACUGCAUUUUUACUGGAUGCUGCGUCGGUCAUUACAACCACCGUUAUUUCCUCAUGUUUGUAUUUUAUCUGUUCGUUGGAACAGCCUAUGCAUUCUUCUACAACAAUUAUUUCAUUUGGGGGAAAUUGGACUUUGACUUUCCAAUGUCGCUCCUCAAAAUAGUGUUUCCUCUUGCUUUUUUUGUCUUUGGAUUCGAUCCCUCGAUAAAACAGUUUUAUCUCAUGCUCUACAUGGUCACCGUUAUCGGAAUGUGCUUUGCCGGCGUUCUCACCUAUUAUCACUUCAAUCUCGUUCUUUCUGGAACUGUUGCUAAUGAGAAAAACAAAGGAGUCAGAAAAUACAAUCUUGGAUGGAGAAAAAAUGUCAUCGAAGUUUUUGGAGACCGAUGGUAUCUUACUUGGAUCGUUCCAUACAUAAAAUCGAAUUUAACUCACGAUGGAAUCUCCUGGCGAACGCAGAAUCUUACUACAGAAACUCAGAAAUCGAGAUAGUAUUAUCGAAUAUUAACAUUUCUUUUUGUAAACUCAAAUCUAUGUCUAUAUUCCAACCAAAAGAGUUGUACAGUAUUUUUAUCGAUAAAGAAUAUUGUGGAGACUCCAACCAUGCAUUGUUGGAAUGCAAUGAAAGAAACGUUUAUUGACAAUUUUUGAAAAAUUACGAUUGUUGAUGUUUCACUGCUGUUCAUUCGUUUCGUUCUGAUAAAAUUGUGAGUUUUUGAAACAUAGAGCUACCUAUACAUUUGGCUUCUGCUUGGAAAUUAGAAACAAAAGAUUCAAUGCAUCACAAUGAUUCAAACACCACCGCCUUUGAUUUUGGCAUCUGCCGCUUUGUCCGAGCGCGUCGACAAUUGCAACAUCUUAAUCGUCAAUUGAUUAGCGUCGACAACGUCGAAUGAACGUGCAUUUAUAAUUAGGAUACAAAGCACAAAGACUAUUUUUGGUGAGUGGAAAGUCUCUGAGUGUGGUGCAGGUCGAGGAUCCUCCAAUAUUUAUGUCUAUAAUGUUUUGGCAACUAUUUCGAUGCUUGAGAGAGUUUCAUCGCUAUAAAAUAAUCUAGUAUUUGUGAAUUCAACGCACCUCAAUUAUCAAAGCACAUUAAGUUCGUUGAGAUUAAUCAAGAAAUGUACUUAUAUCUACAGACAUGUGUACCAUAGAAUUUUGGGCAGUGUAACAAUUUUUCUCAUCGUUUUUCUAUAUUCCAAAUUAAUGUUCCUCUUGAAUAUCUCUAUAAUCAGUUUCUUUCCACUAUUAUACUAGUUCUUAUUAAAAAUGUAAAUGAUUUUAUCGCUGUUCAUCAGAGAACAUGAAAAAUUGCGCAAUUCUCGAUUAAAAAAAAGGAUGGUAUUCGCUCUGCCUUGAAAGCAAUUUGAAAACAACAAAGAACUGUAAAUUAUUACUUUUCUAGAGUGGAAGACUGCGCUAGGGCUCGCGCAAACUGUCUUUUUUAAUUCUCAACAUCAAACCCCUACGAGGCAUCUUGAAUUGGGACUGCUCAUAAUUUCACUUCUUCUAUGUUACCCUUGUCCAGUGAUAACAACAUUGAAGCAGUGACAUUUUGGAAUUCUUUUUGAAACUGGGCCUACGCUAAAUAUUGAAGCAGUAAUAGUUGGCUUAACAGUUUUAUUUCAUGAUAAUUAUAACAAAGCAGAGAAAUUUCUUGAACAAUGGUGUUUUGGAGAAUAAUAUUUGAAAAUUAAUAUACUUCUGGGGAUUGAGAUGUUUCGACGUAAUUUGGAAUAGAGACAGAAAGAUUGGACUCUCACCGUUGAGUCGGCAUUGUGUGAAAUCAUUGAAUCCAGCUAAUAUUUUAAAUCAAUCUACAAAACUGCUAACUUUCUUGCUGUUUUUCUUUCUGUUUAUAUUCUGAAAAUGGUACCAAAUAAUAGUUUUAAAAAUUUCUGUAUCCAGAAUAGAAAUCAUGUGCAUUGUUCACCGACUCAAAUAAGAUUUUGCAUCUUCGUAUUUUCCACCGCUGUGAAUUCCUGAAUCAUAGAAACGUCGAUUUACUGUAAAUACAAAUUGUUCGUAAUUUCGAUAUUUAAACAAUGUUAUUAUUAACAAAAACAAAUUUAUAUGUAUAUACACACAAUUUUAAUACAUGUUAACGAAGAAUAAAGAGGUGAAUAUUGCAACACAGA